AUGGCUUCCUCAAGCUCCUCCACUACACCAGCAGCUCUGAAUGCUCUGUCAGACACAGCUGUCGCGUUGAUGCAGCAGUUGGAGGCCGUCCUCCAGAGCAUCAAUAGUGGCAAAGACACCCCUCAGCAGACUGACACCUCGUCCGUCGAUGCCUUCGCUCUCGCUCGCGAUUCAGCUACUCUGAUCAAGGCGCACUCAACCAAGAUCUCCGUUCUUAUCAUCAACGAACCCUUCACACCCUCGGCCGUCAUCAAAGUCCUCCGAGAGCUCGUUGGCGGCCCGAUUCCCGGCAUCGCCACCGCAGGCCAGGCUUGCGACGCGGCACGAUAUACGGCUACUGUGCGGAAAGAUCUGGCUUGGAAAUGUUACACUGUAUUGAAGGAGCUCCGCGGUCUGGUUGAAAAGAUCCCUAGGGAUGGCAAGAUUCUGUCAACAGCGCAAAAGUCAGGCUCCACGGGUGCACCUGGCAAGGGCAGCAUGGCUGCCACCGGUGUUAUUUGGUCGGCUUGCGACGAUCUGGUACAAUUCGCCACCGGAGGUAUCGGCGGCUGCUUCAUCAAAAAGGUUGAAGAGUUCAGGGCGACGCUGAAGGAUGUCAUGGAGGAGCUCAAGGAGUGGGGUGACGAAGAGCCGGAAGACGAAGACGACGAUGACGACGACGACGACGACGAUGAUGAUAAUGCCGUAAAUGAUGCGGACCACGACUCGGCCCUGGGUUCCAUGAUGCCCUCGGCGCAGGAAAUGAUCGACGACAUGAUGGCGAACCAGGGGACGAUUCCUCGCGACGACCCCGACAAGAUCCGCGAGCGUCUCGAGUCCUGUCUGAAGCGCGUGAGACUGACAACGCUGCUCUAUCAGGCCAUCAUCAAGCGACGACUCAAGACACUACCCGCCCUUCCGGCCGAGAACUCGGAUAUCCCCAAGCGUCUGGACGAGUCGAUGCGGGUCCUCAGGAAACUCCCGCACAUGUUCGACGAGCUUGCUGGCGCAUUCUAUGAGCUCUCACCUGACGAAAUCGAUCGAGUAAUGAAGCUGUGCUUCGAUGAGAUCGUUGGACUUUCGGAACUUCUCAAGUCACCUUGGACUGGGGAAAGCGAUGAGUUUUCCCAGUGGGUUGGCAAGUUCCAGGCUGAAAUCAAAAAGGGUUGA